GAUGCUGUACAGCUUUCUGAGAAAUGAGCCCUUGAAGAAUAAAACCAAAUCAAAGCUCACCACUUCCACCAAGACAGUGAACUGCUUGGUCAACAUGUUGGGCUGGACAAGUGAAAGGGAUACAGAUAUGAGAUUAUUUGCGGCAAAAGUCACAGCCAAGAUGGCUGAUAACCUUCGCGUUGCCUCUGUCCCUGGGGCAAUGCAACUCAUAGCCUCACUUCUGAACAGUGCUCAUGUACAGAAAAUGAAGGAUCCUCUCUUGGACAAUUGUAGCCCUGAGCCAGAACAAGGUAAUCCAAUUGAGGAAGCUGGCGGGAAUGAACAAACCACCCAAAUGUUCAAAUGGUUGAAGCAAAUGGCAAUAUACUGUUUCAUUCCUAGGGAGGAGCCAACUAACAUGGAUGAGCAAAAGACAAAUAUACUCAGAUGCUGCUGGAAGGGGUCCAUUCCGGAGGAAGAGCCAUCCACGGAUACGGAUCUCCUUCCUGUAUUGGGCAUGUUAAUUCUUGACAAGCUUGCUAGCUUUGAUCUUGAGAAUUGUAUAGAAAUCAGCAGAGCAAUUGGUCUCAUGUCAAAGAUUAUAGAGUUCACAAGCAACCAAACUGACAUGACAUGUAUUAAUGAGAUAGGCCAGCUGAAAACGUCAUCACUGAAGGUGCUGGGAAGACUUUCUAGAACUGAAGGGGAAUUUGGUGUAACUGUGCGACAGAAAAUUUCAGAACAUCCUUUCCUUUUAAGCCAUCUUGCAGAGAUCUUGGAUGAUAGUCGGAGCAGCCAAAAACUUAGGAAGCUUACAAUAAAGCUUCUUAGAAACCUUGCCAUGGACAGAAACAUAAAUCAGGAGAUUGGGCAAAUUCCAGUGAUAAUUAGCAAGUUGAUUCAUGCAUUUCUGAAGCAAGGUGAACCCUCAACUACAGGUUCAGAUCAGACGCUUUCGGGGCAAGCACUUGCAAUACUCGCAAUGGAUAGUGCCAAAAACUGUUUGGCUAUGUUAGCAGAAGAAGGGGACGUAUUCAUCAAGGAACUCGCAGAUAUGAUCAAGGAUGCCAAAUCCUGCUACGUAGCAUCAAGCCUGUUGCGGGAUAUUUGUGUGCAUGCUCGAUCUAAGCUUGGCAUCUGGAACCUGCAGGAAAUCUCCUCCAUUCUGGGAAAGGUGCUGGAAGGAAUAAUGGAUGCAGAAGGAAAAGGGGCAGAACUGGAGGUCCUUGUUGGCCUUAGUUCACAAAUAUGUAAGGUCAUUCCUGAAGACUUUGCACGAGAACUAGAGCAUGGUCAGAUUAGGGAAGGAUUUAUAGAGAGGCUUGUCAGUGUACUUAACACAAAUACACCCACUGCUCAUUGUCCCGGAAUCAGAAGGGUGAUAGUUGAACAUGCCAUAUACAUGAUGGAGUGUAACCCGGGCUACGCCAACUGUUUCAUCGAAUGCAAAAUGAUUGAAGCACUGCUAGAGGUAGAGCGCAAACCUUCAAGGGCUGAAAAGUACAAGUUCUUCUUGGGCGAUGCAGGACUCAUGGAGCACGCUAUACCUCUGUCCGCUCUUGUGUCCAAAGCAAAAGAACUGAUGAAGCCAUGAGUAGCGAUGAGGAAUCAGCAUUGUGACCACCUAAGCAUGUACUGUGAUGAUAUUUUACUAAUUAUCUAUUGGGAAUAACCAAAGCUUGUCCGGAUCCUAAUUUAGACCGUCUGGGUCUUUCCACAUUUGAGUUUACCUACUGCGUCGAUUGUAGUCGAGUCAGAGUAUGUCUAGCAGAGUCUAGUACUAGCCGUGUUAGUACAAGCUGGCUUGCCCAGGGUGUAUGUG